CAAUGAUUAUCACUUGCAAUCAAAAUUACCAAAAAAACACUUCUUUCUUCUCUAAACUCUUCACAUUUUCGCCAACCUCCAUUUUUUCGCUAUGGCGGGAUUAACCAGCGGCGCCGAAUGGUUCAAAAUCCCGCCGAGCCAACGGAAGGAGAAGACGGCCGCGAUCAAAUUCUACGUCCAAGAGCCUCGAACGGGUCCCGACGCAGCCCUAACGGAGGUUUGCGGCGGAAAAGACACGGCGAAUUCCCCGACGCUAUUUUCCAAAGUCUUUGUUGUCAAUGCCAAACUUACGGCCGAGGCCGAUCGCAACUCUGCCGAGGUCGGGUUCGCCCAAGGGCUCGUAACGUCGGCGGAUAAGGUACAAGCCGGGCUUGCGAUGAACGUGAACGUUUUAUUUACGACUGGCGAGUACAAGGGGAGCACGAUAAGUAUAGUCGGGAGAAAUUUGGGAAUGGAGAUUCCGGAUCGGGAAUUGGCCAUUGUCGGAGGGACCGGAAUGUUCCGGAUGGCUAAGGGGUUCGCGAUCUCGAAUACGUAUUCGCAUGAUCCUGUCGAGAAUUAUAUGAUUUUCGAGUACACUUUGUAUGUUUGUUACUAUGAGUAAGAACAUCGUGUUAUCUUUUUUAUCUUCGAAUGUUAUUUGAGUCUUGAAUAAGGAUUGUCGAUGUUAUUUUUACUUUGUUUGAAGUGAAUUUAAUGGAAUAAUUGUAGUUUUAUUA